GUUCUGCCUUUAACAUUUCGGCUUUCGGGCAACAAAACGUGGUUUUGGAGCAACAAAAUAUUUAUUUUGCUCAUUUCGCAAAACUUUGCUAUCGUACGGCGUUAAACUGUAGUGCGUUCGGUUCUGUACCGGUACGGGAAUCGUGGUGCGGUAAAGUUUUCCGAAAUUGAUCGUUUACGGUCAAGCCAGGAACAAUUUAAGUUUUGCUACUCGGGAUUCGUUUCGAUCGGCUGAAUCGAAUCGUCUGGCCGAGCAGAAAAGCAGUGCGGGUUUUCUUGUUCUUCACGUUAAUAUAUUAUCGCGUUUUCUCAGUGCUUCAACUAUAGCUAAGUAGCCAGGAACGGCUGUGCUGUGAGAAAGAAGAACAAACUGAUAGUAGGAAGGAGUUCUCUUCGGAAUAAUUAUCCGUAGGGAAUUGUGAAAACUCGUGAGGUUUUUCCAGUAGUGGUGCUUGAAAAAGCAUCGUUCUUCUGUCCUCGUUGAGCGAUAUCGUGUAAAUUGUUUCGUAAGGAGAAAAAAAAUUCGAUCGUGUGUUUGAGAGAUUUGUUCCGUUUCGUUUUGCUGGUUGAAAACGUGAUUGUGCGAAAUUCUGCCAACUUCGGUGGAGUUUCCUGUGGUUUGAAAGGUGUCUCGGACUGCAAGCAAGAUUAUGUCAUCAGGCUUUUAUUGACAGUGAGAGAGAAAUAUCGAGUGCGUACAAACAUACAAUUCCCUGCGGUGCUUCGGCGGGUGUGGAUCUUCUGUGCUUUCAAGUGUCCGGCCGGUCAAUUUCAUAACAUAGAUACUGCAAUGGCCAGUUCCGGAACGGCUGCAGAAGGCCUCCUCCUCUUCUGAGCUGUACGCACGAAGAGCGAGUGAGAUAGCAAGCCGCAAUACAGGCCAACAUGGAGCGUAAAGUUCGAUAAAGAAGUCGCCCAUCAAGCGCGAAAGAGUACGCACUAGUUCGUAAACCGUCAUCCGUCUCGCUGUAUACAUUUUCAUUUUUUCCACGCACCGGCUUUGACAGUGCACUGCGUAGGAGCAAACGGGACAGCAUUGUCGUUAUUCUUUCUCUUUUUGUUUUGUUUUUAAAUUUCCCACACAGGCUGCCAGAUAUCACCUUCCUGCAGCUGAAAUUCGCCAGUGAAGAAAAAACGCACAACGGAAAAUCAUUGUCCUAUUGUCCAGCAACCGGCAUUACCGUCGUGUUCUAGAUCGACCACUGGUCCAUCGACUUUGGGUGUUCUAGACAGGACUCUGCCACCAAAAUCGGUAUACCUGUCUAAAGAUGGCCACGAACGUUUCGGAAGAAACGGGGACCAGCAACAACAACAACAACAAUGUCGCUCCAAGUUCGGGUUCCUCUUACGCGAAUGUCCUGCUGAACAUCAAGGAGCAAACCCAAAAACAGCUCCAACAGAAUGACAAUAACAAGGAAAAUAUUCGCAGGGAUAAAACCGUAAGUCUCCCGCCUACAGCAACCGGAAGUUCAUCAUCGGAUAUUCCUGGUAAAGAUGGUGGAGGAACGGCAGCGCCCGUUGCAACGUCUGCCAUUGGUGGAGGGGAAGAUCCGGAAGACGACGCCAGUUUUGUACCGGUGGUUUCCCACAGCAAGCGUGACCGUCGUUCAAGACAAAGAGCUGCAGCAGCAGCUGCCUACAAAACUGGGGAGCAGGCCGAUAAAAUGCAGGCUUCAAAGGUUUCCCGGCGUGCGGGAAAAACGGGAGCCGUUGGUAAAGAUUCCACUGAAGGUAAUGGUAACAACGGUGGUGGUUCCACCAGCAAAGAGGAUAAACGAAGAUCUAAGGAUCGGAAAAGAGGUCGUGGUGGACGUGGAGAGUUGGAUAAGGAGGAGCGGAAUUCCGAAAAGGAUCAGGGUGAUACGAGUGCUUCUACUAAGGUUAGCAGUGAGGACGGUUCGGACAGGGAAGUACCGAAAAAGUUCAUCGAAGCACCGCUACCGAAAGUCAAUGCCUGGAAGGUUACUCCAACCGUAGAGCCGAUGCCAAUACCAUCGGGCGAUACUCGCCCUUCGAAAUCUGCCGCCGAACCUUGCCCAACAGCGGCAGCAGUGUUGGGCUCGGCAUCAGCUACAGUCGCUCAAAAGCUGUCCGCUGUACAGUCACUGCCCGAAAAGCGUGUCCUACAGCCGAAGCAGCAACAAACAAAGGCUCAAACUCAGCCCAAAACAGCAGCAGCAGCAGCAGCAUCAGCAGCAGUUCCGCCGAAACCCCCUGUCGAAGCCACAAAAACAGCGCCUCUGCCUAAAGAAAAGAAGCGACCUAGUCAAAAGUCCAACAAUCUCGCGAGCAGUUCCGAUUGGCCUACGCUGGACGGUGGUCAGACAAAGUCGCAUGAAACAAAGAAACAACAAACGACUGGAGGGCAGGUUGUUGAGCCAACAUCCUCUGCAACGGUGAUAGCUACAGCGACAGCAGCUGCUCCGACGUCGGCACGAGUUCUGGAUCAACCUUCUGUAAAGUCAGAAACCGCCUCUAUGUCGAAACCCAGUGAUUCCGUGCCCUCUCAGCUACCAGUGCCGGCCGAUGUACCGUCUAGCGAUGAAAACUCUGCCAAGCCUUCCGUGCCGUCUGCAGCUGUCCCGGAGAUAAACGCAACAACGGCAUCAACAUCUCAACCGCACGUUCCUGCCAAGCAACAAUCCGCUGAGGAUGAUUCUAAUCGUCCGAAAAGCGCAGAUUCCGGUGAUAAUGCUAAUACGGUCAGCAAUCGAAGCAAAGGUCCUCGUCUGAAAUGGGUUCCACUGCCAAUCGAUCUGCCAAAGCAGCGGGCUCGACGUGAACGGACUCCGAGACGUCACCGGUAUGACGACUACGAUGAAAGUGGUUGGCACCAGGAGCGACCGCAUGCUCCUCGUUCAAGUCGUAUUCGUACGGGGCGCGGCGGUGGUCCACCACCAUCCUAUCGAGGUGGCCGUGGUGGAAGACUUUCCCGUGGCGGUAUUAUCCGCAGGGGAGCAAUGUCGACACGAGGCUCAGGAGGUCCCAGACAUGGAGACAGAGAUAGUCAUGGUCAGCCACUAGCCAACGGAGCCGAUUUCGCAAAGGAUUUCAACGGGGUCGGACGGGCCAUCGGGAAGGAGCAGACGGCAUUCAUGAUGCCUUACCUCAGCACGUUCUACUAUAACGGAGCACCCCUGAUUGGCAUGGAUCAGAUGAGCAUCAAAGAGUGUAUCAAGAAACAAAUUGAAUACUACUUCAGUGAGGAAAAUCUGAAUCGUGACUUUUAUCUACGUCGCAAAAUGGACUCGGAGGGUUACUUACCGGUAACGCUGAUCGCGUCAUUUCACCGUGUGCAGGCACUUACUUUGGAUUUGAACAUUAUCAUUACCGCAAUUCAGGAGUCUGAUAAAUUGGAUCUAGUCGAUGACUACAAGGUUCGCACUAAAAUUGAUCCUACAAAAUGGCCGAUAGAUCCAGCGGACAUGGGAACUAAUCACUACGUGUCCAAUGGACCAACCAUGGAUGCAGCUAUUAAAGCUCAGACUGAAAACGUACGACCCGUGGUACCCCUGGCAUCGAAGAUUCUUUCAAGUAUUCCACCUCCGCCAAUGCCACGGAACAUACGAAUCCCAGCUGCACCACAAUCCGCCAUUAAUAAGGUUCCUUCGACAGUCGCUGUGGCAAAUAAUAACGCAACACCUGCACCGUUAUCCAAAACACCAACAACAUCGGAGUCGGAAAAUUUAAACCCCAAUGUGCCAGAGUUCAUUCCUACCAUGGCACUGCGUAAGCAAUCCGCAGGCAAUGUUCCACCGAUUGUUCCAUCGAGCCAGCAGCCGUCGGAUGAAAAAGAAAACAUUUCUCAGGACGCACAGAUUCCAAAAAACGAGCUGGGGAAAUCUAACUCUAGUGACAACGGUAAACUUCCCGCCGCGGCGGAAGCACCCGUUGUUACCGACGAAGCCGAAUUGUGGAAGGAGGUGAAACGCCGAUCUCGCUCGGCUCAACCGCACCAGGCUAAACGUCAGCAGCAGCAGCAGCAACAACAACAAAAGCAGCAGCAAACGCAGCAACGUCGUGAAGAUCAAAAACGAGAUCUUCCGCAAAAAGCUGAACAGCCUCAAGCCACUCUUCCGCAAAAUUCGGCCGUAAAAGCAGCAACAACCGCUGCCACACGACCAUCCCAUCCAGAUGAAGAACGGGAGGAGUUAGAUUUCCAAUUUGACGAAGAACUAGACAUCCCACGAGGGGUUGGUCGUGUGAAUCACUUUACGGACAACUGGUCCGACGAUGACGAUGAGUCCGACUACGAGCUGUCGGAUCACGAAAUUAAUAAACUGCUCAUUGUGACACAGGUUGACAAUCGAGCACCAAAGCACGAUGGUUACGACAGGACGGGUGAUUUUACUACGCGUACUAAAAUCACUCAGGAUCUGGAACAGAUCAUCAACGAUGGACUGCACAACUACGAGGAGGACUUGCUGACAAUCAACUGCCGCCGUGGAGGAAGCAACUACAGAACCAUCAACCUGAUCUCCCAGGAAGAAUUUGACAAGAUUAUUCCAAAGCCACCGAGGGUGUCUCAGGAAGUGCCACCGCCACCGCCGCCGACAUUCGUCGAAACGGAGGAUAUGCUCAACGCAAGCACGGCCAGUGCGGCCCAUCGACACAAGGCACGAUUCUUUGCCGUUAACAAGGAUGAAUUCGUCGAUCCGAUUACUCCGCGCAAACGUAAGACGAGACAUUUGACUAAUCCACCGGUCGAGAGUCACGUCGGCUGGGUGAUGGAUGCGGUGGAACAUCGGCCUCGCACCACUAGCAUGGGCAGCUCAACAGGAACUUCGCCGACGGCUUCCAGCUAUGGUUCCCUACCGCAGAGCUUGCCAACGUUCCAGCAUCCAUCACAUUCGCUGUUGAAAGAGAACGGAUUCACGCAGCAGGUCUACCACAAGUAUCACAGCCGUUGUCUGAAGGAACGCAAACGGAUGGGAUCCGGCCAAUCGCAGGAGAUGAACACCUUAUUCCGGUUCUGGUCUUUCUUCCUGCGGGAGAAUUUCAACAAAACGAUGUACUCCGAAUUCCGCCAGGUUGCCCUCGAAGAUGCGACUGAAGGGUUCCGCUACGGUUUGGAGUGCUUGUUUCGCUUCUACUCGUAUGGUUUAGAGAAAAAGUUUAGACCGCAGCUGUACGAUGAUUUCCAGCAGGAAACUAUUCGUGACUAUGAAAAUGGCCAAUUGUAUGGAUUGGAAAAAUUCUGGGCUUUCCUUAAAUACUACAAAAACGCGUCGAAAUUAAGCGUCGAUCCGAAGUUGAAGGAAUACCUAGACAAGUUCAAAUCCAUCGAAGACUUCCGCGUGUUGGAACCACAGAUCAACGAAAUGCUCGAAGGUGUUGGUAAUCUAAAAUCGUCACCCUCAAAACGACGACCGCGCAGCGUGUCGGAAAGCGAAGGUGUCACUGUGGUAGCCGGUCCCAGCAACGUCAAGCGGGCCUACCAUGCGGGGGCUGGUGGUGCGAAUUCCGGGUCCGGUUCUGGAUAUUCCGGAGGUUACAACCAGGCACAGUACCAUCGAAAAAGGUGCGAUUCGGCUGGCAAUCGUCUGGUGGAUGUAACGAACCGUCCAGGUCCGUCGGGAACUUUGAACUCGCGCAACCGAACUGGUUCGUUUGGAGAUGGUGCAGCUAAGCAUCACUCCGCUGGGGGACGUCCUCGGAGCGGUUCAACCGGUAACAAAGUAGUGCGUGUUCCGAACGAGCGCUUUUCCUUCAAUCGAGCGACCGCGAGCGGAGGUGGACCAUCUGGACCUUCAUCGAGCAAACAGCAAUCCCAGCAAAAGGGACAACACAGUAGCGGUAGCUCGAAAGCCACCGAAAGUGGUGCAAGUGCUGCGGUAACAAGCACUCCAUCAGUGGUGCCAAAAACAGCGACUGGGGCGUCCCUGCCGAGUGGUGCAAAACCUUCGUAAGUGGCUCUUCCGGCGAGGGACAAUCCUGCGACAGAAGGGAUAGAAAUCAAAUCUGUGAACUAACGCUGUGUUGCUUUUGUACACACAAACACACUUGUCCUUACACAAAAAAAAAAAAAAAUUUUCGGCAUAUCGCGCAUUUUCGGUCUUAUAUUUUUGAUGAUACGGAAUUCGUUUUUUACUGUGUAGAAAAUUUUAAUAUCUUGUUCUGAUAGCAGGGUGUAACAAAAUAUCAAUAUUUUCUGAUUGUGAAAAUAGAACGUGAAUGUUUUCACCGCUGAUAUUACCUUUCUCGGCUGAAGGGAUAGACUUCUCGGAUCACAAAGAUGCUUGAAGCAGUUGUACACAAUACACACAAACACACACAAACACAUGCACGGAAAUACACGAACGCUUCGUGAUCGAAAAAUUGUGGAAUAGGAAAUGCUUACUGCCAUCUGAAAUGUUCUCUAGUUAGAUUUUAGAGAACGGCGCCGACUAGAAUGCAAUCGAAAUUGUGCAGGGCAAAGAAAGAAAAAAAGAUGAAAUGUCGCAUCAUUUAAUAAGACUCUUCUGCUCUUCGUUUGAAUGUGCUUUUCUAUUUGCUUCGAGUUUCAGUUUUAAUCGUACAUUCUAUCAUAAAUUAACAAUUGCAAGUUAAUUAGUGAAAUAAAAUCUACUUCCUAUGCACAAACACGUAUACACAUACACACAUACACACAGCCACGCCUAUAUAUUCUAAUCGACAUCGGCAGGAGGGGAAAGUAGACAGUUAAAAGGAGUAACGAAUGGAUUGAGCUUUAGAGUGAUAUCAAAAUACACAAGAAUGAAAAAAAAAAAUAGUG